AUGGAUGUGAAAUACGGUGAUAAGUUGCUCAGCCUUAACAAAAUCGACGACCUGAAAACAUGGUUGAGCACUGAUCUUACCAACCAAGAUACGUGUUUGGAUGCUCCGGAAGAAAUGAACUCGACAUUUCUUGUAGAUGUUAACUCUAAAAUGCAGAACUCCACCGAGUACGCCAUCAAUAGUUUGACAAUUGUUUCCAAGAUCUCAGGGAUAUUAGGGAAAUUUAAUAUUCAGAUCCACAGGAAAGUGCUGGGUUCGGGUUCGGAUUCAGACAAACCUAAACCCGAACCCAAACCCAAACCUAAACCUAAACCUGGUGAUUUGCCAGAAAGUGUGGAUUGGAGAAAAAGAGGCGCGGUGACUCAUGUCAGAGAUCAAGGCCAUUGCGGAGCUUGUUGGGCGUUCUCUGCUGUAGCAGCAAUCGAAGGCAUUAACAAAAUCAAAGGAGGCAAUUUGACGAUUCUAUCCGAACAAAUGCUUGUGGAUUGUGAUGUCAACAAUGGUGACAAAGGAUGUCGCGGGGGUAUAAUGGAGAAAGCAUACACCUUUAUAAAAAAGAACGGAGGAAUCACUACAGCACAAGAUUACCCAUAUAUAGGAAAAGAUGAAGGUUGCAAAAAAUUGAAAGCUCAAGAACUUUCAGUCAUGAUAAAAGGAUAUGAAACUAUAAAAAGUAAAGAUGAGAAAAGUCUGCAAUCUGCAGUUGCAAAGCAACCCGUAUCAGUUGCUAUAGCUGCAGGGUUUUUAUUCCAGCUUUACGGAAGUGGGCUUUAUUCGGGUCCGUGUGGGACCCACCUUAACCAUGCUGUAACCGUGGUUGGGUUUGGGGAAGAAGAUGGAAGAAAGUAUUGGAUUGUUAAAAAUUCAUGGGGGACUGAUUGGGGUGAAGAUGGUUAUAUGAGAAUUGAAAGAGAGAGUAAAGAUAAGGGAGGUAAGUGUGGGAUUGCAAAAGACUCUACUUACCCUGUACUUAUAUGA